CUCCGUUCACUCGCUAGACUGCUCUAUACGUUCUCUACUUUUGCUCUCUGUGCCAGAGACCAUUCUCUUUCUUUCAGGUCCCCUGUCAUUCGUUCACAUUGCGAAUAGAUUUCGCAUCCCACUCUCGUUACUUGACUAGCGCAGUCUCUCUAUCAAGAAAAGGAAACACAAAUCCAAAUAUCAAAUCCGUAUCCAUCUAGAUCAAAGACAUUGACUGUCAGACUACAUCCACAAAAUGCAUUUCAACAACAAGAUCUCCGUCGCUCUGUUGGCCGCUCUGGCUGCUGGUUCCGAGGCCGGCCAUGCCCGCAACCACAAGCUCUUCCAUCCCCGGAACGUCAACUCGACCGUGUCCACCUCGUCGGUGAUUGUCUACCCAACCCCGGUGUUGACCCCCAGCUCCUCCGUGCCUGCUGGUUCUUCUCCUGUUACCUCUUCUUCCGCCGUCACCUCCUCCACCUCGGACGCCAGCUCGUCGGCCAUUACCCAGGCUCCCCCUCUCAGCACUGGUGUCCCUGGAUCUUCUGGCUCUGGUGAUAACAACUCGGGAUCGGCCACGGAUAUCACCAUCACCUAUACCCUCGGCACUGGUACCUCGAAGAGCGUGGUCACCACCACUAUCCACAAGACUGCCACUAACACUGAAACUAUCUUCACCAAAACUCCUGCUGUUCCUACUGCCAGUAGCGAGGAGCAGACCACUACGCUUCACUCCACCUCUACUUCUACCGUCACCGUGGUAGAGGUUCCCUCUUCUUCUGCUGCCCCUGGCAACGGCGGCAACGACGGCAGUGAGGCUUGCACCGGACAGGCUACCGUCACCGUGACUGCCACCGUCACUGAAACCGUCACUGGGGCCCCUACCGCUACUGCUAAGCCCGGUGACCACGACCACCAGAAGCACCCUGGUAACUCUGGAAACCAUGGCAAGCACAACGGCAACGAUAAGGGUAACGACAACGAGGACGGGGAUGACAACGACCAGGGCGAGGACAACGACGACGGUGCUGAGCACACCAAGGCUCCUCUCCCCGUCCCUACCCACUCUGGACGUCCUCCCUUCGGCAACGGCACCCUGCCCAUCCCCACCAGUGGCACCGCCAAGCCCACUGGCUUCUUGACCAGCAGCAAGCACGCUUUCCCCACCAACUUCCGCCGCUCCCACUAAGCGCCUGGAUCGCAUGACACCCCUGGUCCUCGGAGCGUUGAUAUGACCGUCUGUAACUAAGAUUUCAUUUCGUGGCGAACCGCGCGCUGGCACUGGACCCGAUGAGGGAGAUGCUGUUUUUACUUCUGGUACAAACUUGAUUUAGACAUUCUUACAUACCUUUCUUCACCUAUCCGGCAAGGGCAACCUGGCCGGUGGUUCUUCGCUUCUUGCAAUCGGGAUCGAUCCGGUCCUACGUUAAC